AUGCCCGACUCCAAAGAACAAGCCCAAGCCGCUGAGCAAGAGGCCCAAAACGCAAAAGACCCCAGCCACCCGGCCCAUCCCCAGCACCCAAAGCACGGUGAAUGGCUCAAGAACGUCGGCAAGAAGUUCGGCAACGCCGCCAUCUUCGGCGCCGGGGCCACGGCCGGUAGGGAUGCCAUCCAGGGCGCGAUCAACCAAGUGUAG